CGCCGAAGUCUGCUGGACUUGAAUUCCCUCCAGGUGUAGUUAGUGAAGUGCGAGAAAAUGCGUGGAUUGCAGUUAGUGACUCUGGCCCUAUGCUGCGUGCUUGGCGCAUCUAAUGCCGGACGGCUCGCUAAGCGCGAAGCUCCCAUUUCGAAUGGGUACCCUUCGGGUCGCCCCCAGAACAGCUACCUCCCCCCAUCUCCGUCAGCCUCGUACGGCGCCCCAUCCAAUGGCGGUGGCAACGGACACGGAGGCGGCAACGGUUUCGGAGGCGGCGCGCCUUCCAGCAGCUACGGGGCACCUUCAGCACCCUCCAGCAGCUACGGAGCUCCAUCCACAGGUGGAAACGGACACGGAGGAUUCGGUGGCGGCAACGGAUUCGGAGGUGGUGCUCCUUCCUCUAGCUACGGAGCCCCUGCCGCCCCCAGCUCUAGCUAUGGCGCCCCAUCCGCUCCGUCCUCUAGCUACGGAGCUCCUUCCAAUGGGGGAGGGUUCGGUAAUGGUCAUGGUUCCAACGGUGGAGGAGGUUUCGGAGGUGGCUUCGGAGGCGGCGCUCCUUCCUCCAGCUACGGCGCACCAGCUGCCCCCUCCUCCAGCUACGGCGCUCCAGCUGCCCCAUCCCCCAGCUACAGCGCCCCCUCCAACGGCAACGGUUUCGGCAAAGGCAACGGCGGCUCCACCAGCUACCUACCACCCUCCACCAGCUACGGAACACCCGUAGGACCUUCCCGUCCCUCGUCUUCGUACGGCGCCCCCUCCAACGGUAACGGAAACGGCAAGAGACCUUCCUCUUCCUACGGAGCCCCUUCAAAUGGAAACGGAAACGGUAAGAGGCCAUCUUCCUCGUACGGCGCCCCUAGCAGACCCUCUUCUUCCUACGGCGCACCCAGCAGGCCGUCUUCUUCUUAUGGUGCUCCAUCCAAACCGUCCUCUUCGUACGGUGCCCCAGCUCCCGCCCCUUCGAGCAGCUACGGCGCUCCUUCCUUCGGAAACGGCGGAUCCAACGGAUACAGUUCCGGCGGGAACGGUGGCUACAGCUCAGGUGGCGGAUACAGCUCUGGAGGUAACGGUGGCGGAUAUAGCUCUGGUGGAAACGGUGGAGGAUACAGCUCUGGAGGAAACGGUGCCGGGUACAGCUCUGGAGGCAAUGGAGGUUAUAGCUCAGGUGGCGGAAAUGGGGGUUACAGCUCAGGUGGUGGAAACGGAGGUUAUAGCUCAGGGGGUGGAAACGGAGGCUACAGCUCAGGGGGUGGAAACGGCGGCUACAGCAAUGGAGGAGGUCAGGGCUACGCCAGCAACGGAGGAUACUCAUACUAGAUGGUACGGUCGGACGGGCAAAAUGAACGAUGUAUAUAAUUAGAUUUAUUUAUUUAUUAGUCUCUGCAGUAUUAAAUACCUACCUUUUGUAAAAAUUUUUGUAAUUUAAAUACAGAU